AUGGCCUUGCCUGCUUUGCACCAAGAAUGUGGUGGCGUCGACGGUCGAGGCCACGGCCGCAUGAAUGGAUUCCUCGGUUUUGCCAUCAACAUUCUGCGAUCGCGCCUGUCAAUCUCCUCCCAGAUGAAAAGAACUGGACCCUUCGGAAAUCAUGUGAGAUCGACAGUCCCCGGUGCUUUUGAUUGGCUACUGAAUGCGUCGGAGUACGUAUGGCUCUUGGCGGCUAUUUACUAG